CAGCGGAUGAAAGGCUGAUCGCAGCUCAACAGGAAAGAUGAAGAAGAAGAAGACGAAGAAGAAGAAGAAGAAGAAGAAGAAGACCGGAUCAUGUACAAGGUUGGAGGGGUUGCAGGAGUCUCUGGAACUCUGGGAUUGAUUUCUGCCUCUGUGCUGGCGGCCACCGCCUCCGCUGAUGACGCCAAACCCGGCACAACUCUGAGUGUAGAUGAGCUGUCUCUCUACACGACACCGCAGCAGAAGUUCCAGCAUGUGGAGCCUGACAGAGGACAGGUGGAGGAGAGCGUGGCCAAACUGAGGAGACUGGCAGAGCCGUACACCACCUGGUGCCAGCAAACGGCCAGCUCGGCCAAACAGACAGCGCAGGGCGUCUAUGGGACGGUGAAGCCCAAGGUUGACAGCACUGUACAGUUCGGGCAGAGCAGUUAUGCCUACUUGAAGAAUCCUCCACCUGAGUUUUACCCCAGAGCCGGAGUCAUCGGAUUUGCCGGGAUUCUGGGCCUUUUCCUUGGAAGAGGCUCCAGGCUGAAGAAACUGAUCUACCCGACUGGUCUAAUGGCUGUGUCUGCGUCCAUGUAUUAUCCUCAAGAGGCUGUGACCGUCGCAAAGAACACAGGAGACGCUGUAUACGACUGGGCGCUUCAGGCUUAUGUUACUGUGGAGAAACUCAUCAAGGACAAACCUGCCUCAAAGAAAGAUCAAGCAGAAAAGAGUUCCAGUGGGGAGACCAAAGCUUAGGUACAAAAUGUUAAACAUCAUAAACAGCAGGGAAACACAACACAGGUGCAUCAUCGCCUCUCAGACUGUGAGGUUGUGACGCGGGAUCACCAUCCUUCUCUCACGCUCAUGAUCUGCUUUUGCACUAGCCACUUCCUCUUUCAGUCAUCAGACGGGAGGUAGUGGCCUGACUGGAAAGGUCUGAACUUUAACUGCUGGAAUUGUAUUAAAAACACUUUUUAGUGUACCAAAAAUAAAUGUGACUGAAAUUAUUGCAUAUAUUUGUAUACACAUAUGCAAUUAUUUAUAUGUAUGCGCAUAUACUGUGUAAGGUUAGGAGGAAACGUUAACAUGUUACUGUCAGCAGUUUCUCAGUCUGAACUUCCUCUUCCUGUGCAAACCCUUAAAAAAAAACAAAAAAAAAACAAAAACAACCCACUGCAACUACAACAGUUAACUAACCUCUGAACUAGUAUGUUGAUUUAGACGUCUGGUUGUUUCCAGACAGCAGCACACAAUUAAAACACUUCCUGAAUGAG